AUGAGUGGACGUUUGCUUACAUUAGAGGAAAUAUGUGUCAUCACAUUACUUCGACAUCACACUUUAAUUGAAGACAUCAGUUAUAUUCCCUAUAGGCUAAUUAAAAGUGUCUUAUCUAAAUUGAAAGUGGAUCAACUCACGAAAUUAGAACAGACUAAUCCCUUGAUUAUCUUUGAAGACGAUGAAAUCUGGUGCGAUUUAAUCAGAAGAGACGUCGAUCCAACGUUUAGUUAUCAAUACACAAACAAGAAGAAUGAGAUACUUCAAUAUUUUAAACGUGUGAUAACGAACUACACAGGCACAAGUACAUACAAAAAUAUUGAUACGGAGACGCUAAAGAAUUUUGUACGACCAAUAGUGACAAAGAACGAUAGAGGCCUUUAUCGGGUUCCUUGUCGACUAGUUUAUGAAAAAAUGAGGGAAGAGAUUUUAGAGAAGGAUAAAAGAAUCGCUGCCAAGGUAAGAGAAACAACAAAAAGGAUUCAACAAGAGAAAAAUAAGAUUCAGAUCACUGCAAUGGUUGAGCCUGUUUCUGGCGUUUCCAGUAGGCUUAGGAACAAGUUUUUAGAAUCCAAAUCUAAAGUAUUUGUUGAUUCUUUAAGGGAGUCUCAAAAGAGGCGACAGCAUUUCAAGAAAAAUAUAGUAAAUAUAGAGAAAAGAGUAGUGGAAAGGCUUGCAUUUGGGGGACAAGCGGGUGUAUCUCCUUCUAGUACACGCUGUAAUGAUGUAACUGAUAAUGUUCGCCCUCAACCAGUGUCGAUUCCACAGAAAGAAAAUCAGUCAGCAUCGGCUGAAGCAGAUAAGAAAACUACAAUGAUUGCACAGCAUUCCCUGCCACAGAAGAGACCAAUUGAAGAUCCUCCUAAAAGGAAGAAAUCUCGGUUGUUCGGAACAUCUAGCGUCUCUUCAUCAGGUAGCUGUAACAUAUACAUCCAUCAGCGGUAG